UCGUUGGGAGUGACUUCAUACAUAACAUUUUUUGAAACGUUCAGAGAAAAUCUUUGCAAAUUACACAAUACCGAAAGAGGAAGAGAGGAGCAAAGCGUCGAACAGCAACAAAAUGUACAACGCAGCUAUAUAUCCGCCUCAACAUGCCCCUGCAGCCAACCCGUUCGCAAGCAUGCCUGGCUAUGAGGGAAUUGGUGCAGGUGGUUUUUUGCCUCCUCCUGUACCUUUACAGCCUGUAGCUCCAGCCCAACCUGGCCCCACUCCUGAAGAAUGGAACAUCCCCGCUCUGUCAGAGGAUGUUGCUCGUGAGGCAUUCAAAGACUAUGUGCAAUCUCAGUGCUGCUACCAAUCAGGCCCAGCCAAUGAGGGUGUUAUCACCAACAUGGAGUCAUUUAACACAUACAGGUUGCGUCUGGAGACAUUCACUGAGUCCAGAUCAACUGAGAUGGCCGAGAAACCUUAUGAAGGGGAAACAGCUGACUUCUACGCUCAGCCUGCCCCCACACCUUGGGAAGUUCAGACCAAGACCCCUGAGCUCUUCACCAAACACACCGAGGAGGUCCGAGUGCCAUACACCUCCAAUAUCAAGGAAUGUAACGCCUGCCAUGCCGAAGGAACAGUGUCCUGCAAAGACUGCGAGGCAAAAGGAUAUAAACAAUGCAAUAAAUGCAAUGGCUCAGGUAAGAAUGAGGAGGAAAACUGCACUGACUGCAAUGGAACAGGAAAGGACAGGUGUUCAAAGUGCAGUGGUGCGGGAAAAAAGAAGUGUGAAACCUGUAAAGGAAAAAAAAAAUUGCUGACCUUCAUCAAACUCAAAGUGGAGUGGGCUAACCAUGUGGACAACCAUGUGGUGGAGCAAAACUCUGGCCUGAAGGCUGAAGAGUUGAACUCUGUGAAUGGCAAGGAGCUGCAUAAGAUGACCCAGAUCAUGGUCUACCCGCUGUAUGGGUUCCCAAAUCCAGCCAUCGUUGAGGCCUCUGACCGUCUGAUCAAAGAGCAUCAAUCCAAGUAUGCUCAGACAUCCAGGAUCCUGCAGCAGAGGCAGACUGUUGAGUUGAUCCCCGUUACUAAGGUGAACUACAAGUGGAAAAAUAGCAUUCACAUCUUCUAUGUUUAUGGAAAGGAAAACAAGGUUAGCACUGACAACUACCCAGAAACCUGCUGCUGCGUCAUCCUGUAGACAAAAAUUUAAAUUCAAAUGUAUACUUCAUUUUCUUUCAACAGUAAUAUUCCUUAAUACAUUUUAAAUCUACAAUAUUUUUUUCAACUGGUUGUUUGCAGACAACCAGUGGUUUACAGUAACAUUCAUAACAUUGCAAGAUGUUGGGCAGAAGCUCUGAUGUUUUAUCAUUUAUCUUUAUAUUAUUCUGUUUUACAAUACAAUUCUGUGGAAAAAAAAUAUUAACUCUAGAAGGUAAGUCUCUGUCUUUUAAAUCUUCUCUUUUUUUUUAAUCUGGGCCGUCCAGCUUUUGUUUUUUAUUAGUUUUACUUGACCUGCGUGUCAAUGAAUUCUAUCCUCAUAUCAUGACUAUUACACUUAUACCUCAUAUACUGUAUGUAACAUGAAUGUUUGUUUUUAUAAUAGCCACUUACAAUAUAAUUUUACUCUCAUUAUGAAGUAAAUAUCUUUGUAAUCAGUGGAGUGAUAAGUGCAUUUAUACAUGAUCAUGAGAAAAUGCCACGUUUCUGUGAAUACAGGAGUACAGUGAAUCCUGAACCAGAUCCAGUUUUGCUUGUUGGCUUGUUUCUGUUCUUCAGGAGGUCGCAAACCUCAGUGAUCUGUGGAGAUUUAAUGGAUCAAUAGGAAUCAGUCCGUUUUAACAUGAAUCUACUACAAACUGAGCCAUCUGAUAUGUUCAAGUGAAAAUUGUGUGAAAUAUCUAGUCACCCUGAGAUCUCUUCGCACGAUGAUAGGUGGACUGUUUUCAUUGAAUACUAACAGCAAAAUCAUUAGUCUCUUAACUUUGUCUGCUUGUUCUGUACUGUAUAUUUCCCUCUGCUGCUUUUAUUACUGGAUUGUAUUUUGUUUUUUUCUGAAAAAAAAAAAGUCAUCUAGUAACCCAUACCUGACAUUGUUUUACAGUCAAUGAGAUGUCGGAUAAAGGCACUUCAGGUUUUCCUUUGGUUUGUUUGAUUGUUUUACCAGUAAUAUUUACCCAACCUUGCAUGAAUUUAUUUUACUUUUAGAUUUUUGUAUCACUAAAGUUUUUACUGAAUGAGAUGGGAUCUGUUUGCAUUUUAGGAAAAAUGACUGACCUAUUGCUGUUAUACCAUUCAUUUUGUAAAAUUGUGUGGUGCUAUGUUGCAAACACAUCAAUCAUGUACAUGCUACAACAUUGUGAACAAUAAUCAUUAGGAUAAUCUUUUGAUUCAUAAAUGCCUUAAAUACAGCACUGUGACUAACAAGUAUUUCUGACAGUAACAUUUAGCAUGUUUUUCUCUUAUUCAAAUAAUAAUAAAAAAACUUUUCUUGCA